AAAAACAGCUCCUAAAAUAGGACUCAGCAGUUUUAAACUCAAUACAUCAGUUUGACCAAUAAAAAUAAAAUCUAAAAAACAAGUUUUGUUCUUCUCUCCUAUAGUUUCCCGUUUGUAAACAUGAUGGAAGCAGUUUUGGACGCGUAGCACCAACAGAUAGGCAUAGCUAUCUAUCCGUGCUACGGUAGGAAAAUCUGACGAGGUAGCACCGAUAGUCAGAACACCUGGUCUACUCUCAUGUCUAUGAUCCAGAACCAGGAAGCUCCUGGUUCUGAUCCAGAAACAAACACAAACAAUGUAGGAGAAACCAGCAGGUCGAUGGUUCUGAUCAGAUUAUCAUCAAGGCCUCCUUAGUUCUGAUCUCGACAUUCAUAUGUCUUAUUAUUACUAGUUGCUUUUAUUAUUUACGUCAUUUUACGUCAGUCCCAGCAGCAUCUGCAGCUCCAUGAUGACCCACGUGACUUCCGCAUUUCUUUCCAGAGUAGCGUUACGGCUAACACGGAUUAUAGAAAUGGUUUCAUUAAUGAUCCCGUUGCUCUGCUGGACUCUGUGUAUCAGCUCUGUUUCUGCUGAAGCCGAUCAGAUAAGUGUCUCAGCAGAACCUGGACAGAACGUCACUCUGCCCUGUAGAUCUGCUGGCAGCACAGCUGUUAUUGUUGUACUGUGGAGAAGAACCGAUCUGGGCUCAGAAUAUGUCCUUCUGUACCGAGACGGUCGGGUUGAUCCAAGAAACCAGAACCCGUCUUAUCAGAACCGGGUGGAUCUGAUGGACCGACAGAUGAAGGAUGGAGACGUGUCUCUGGUUCUGAAGAACCUGACCACUAACGAUACGGGACUAUAUCAGUGCCGAGUCCAGAAGGAAGGAAGCCUUGAUGCUGAACUGAUCAGAACCAUCAACCUGCAGGUUCUUCCUCCAGGAGACAAAGAUGGAGGAACCAAGGAUGGAUCCAUUGGACUGAUUCUCGGUCUGAUCUUAUUAGCUUUUGCUUUUGUUGCUGGUGUUUCAUUUCUGAUCUAUAAAAAACAAUCAGCUUGUUUCAGGAAGAAAACCUCAGAUCCUCCAGUUGAUCUGUAGAUUUACUGUAAAGGCCUUAAAUCUGAGGACAUGACUUACAUCAGAUUAU